AUGGAGGGGUAUUCUCGUCUCCUCCCCUCGUGCACCGAUUCCUACAGCUGGAAAAAUGGCAGCCUGAUCAUGGACCACUACAACCACACGGGCCGUCUUCAGAACCGGAAACCCAGUCAGAAUGGCAUGAGCACAGCAGCCGUCGGGCUCCUCUGCUUCAGCAUCUGCAUCAUCCUGGAGAACCUUGUGGUUCUGCUGGCGGUUCUGUUCCGGGUCCGGCUGCGCCACAGAUGGGUCUACAUUUGCAUCGCCAACAUCGCCCUCAGCGACCUGCUGACUGGCACCGCCUACGUGGUCAACAUCUGCAUGUCAGGCACGCAGACGUUCCAGUUGACGCCCUCCCUGUGGCUGUUCCGUGAGGGUCUGCUCUUUGUUGCUCUGGCUGCCUCCAUCUUCAGCCUGCUGCUGAUCGCCGUGGAGCGGUACUCCACAAUGAUGACGCCCUUGCACCAGAAAUCAGCCAGAAAGACUUACCGUAUCUACGGUCUGGUGCUGCUGUGCUGGGUGGCUGCCCUCGGGAUCGGGUUCCUGCCGCUGCUGGGCUGGAACUGCAUCUGUCAUCUCAGCAGCUGCUCCACCUUGCUCCCCCUCUACUCUAAGUCCUACAUCCUCUUCACCCUGGUGCUCUUCUUCCUCAUCCUCUUAGCCAUCGGCAUCAUCUACUUCGCCAUCUACUGGCACGUACGCAGCAGCGGGGACGCAAGAUCAGCCAGGAACCAGAAGCGUUCGCUGAGGUUACUGAAGGCAGUGAUUUCCAUCGUGGGGGCGUUUGUGGUCUGCUGGGGCCCCUUGUUCAUCCUCCUGCUGAUGGAUUUCUUCUGCUUCUCCCGUAGCUGCAGCGCCCUCUACAACCCGGAGUGGGUCAUCGCGCUGGCGGUUCUGAACUCUGCCAUGAACCCCGUGAUCUACUCGUUUGGCAGCCUGGAACUUCGCAAAGCCAUCGCCAGCCUCCUGUGCUGCUGCUGCCUCCUCCUCGGCGUCUUUGACAGCAAGACCUUUAUGUCUAAGGAAACGUCGAGCACGUCUGGGAGCCGCCACAGCAGCCUGAGAAACAGCUUCAGCAAAGUAAGGAAUCUAAGCACCAGCCCCCAGCCCCCACCCAGGAGCUCCAAAAAGACUCGCCUCAGUUCCACCACUUCCUGUCUCUCAGUGUCUAGUGGUUAG